UAUUUAUAAUUCCAUUCCUUAUUCAUAAAUCAAUUUAUGUAUUUAAAUUAAAUACUAUCAUGUACAGUUAUUAUAAUGGCGAUCACUUUGGCUGCUUUUUCAUAUAUCGUAGCUUUAAUUGUUGAUGCAUUUUUAAUAAUUUUUACAAUAUUUCACGUUGCUGCAUUUGAUGAAUUAAAAACUGGCUAUAAGAAUCCCAUUGAACAAUGUAAUAAUUUAAAUUCGCUAAUUAUUCCAGAAUAUGGAUUACAUAUUUUAAUCAACAUUUUAUUUUUAAGUAGUGGACAGUGGUUUUCAUUAUUUCUAAAUAUUCCAUUAAUAAUAUAUCACUUAUGGCAAUAUUAUCAUAGACCUAUUAUGUCUAAACCAGGAAUUUAUGAUCCAACUAGUAUAAUGUGUGUUCAAGUUCUUAAAGUUCAUCAAAGGGAAGGAUGGAGUAAACUUACAUUUUAUCUUUUAUUGUUUUUUUACUAUUUAUAUGGGUAAGCUUUUGAAAAUUUAAAAAUAAUUAUAUAAAAUUUUUAUUAAAAAAAAAUAUCUGUUUCUUUUUUUCAGUAUGAUUAUUUCAUUAAGGAAUUAUGAUUGAUUCAUUAUGAAAAUUAUCUUUUAUUAUGUCCUAAAAAAUAUUUAUUUAUAAUUUUCAAUAUAAUGUUUUACUAGUUAAUUUUUUUAUUGUAAAUAUUAAAAAUAAUGUAUAAUUUAUUAAAACAAAUUACAACUUUUUGCAAAAAAUAAAAUUUUAUACUCGAAUAAUA